GGUGGGGUCCGUAUGCCGGUAAAGACUCCGUCGCCGGUCGCACACGCACGCGACGAGGAUGGCAGCAGCAGUUGUUCGCCCACCCCGGCCGACCAGGAAGGACACUUUUCUGGAUGAUCCGUCCCUAUAUCCAGAGUACGAGGCGCUCAUCAGCACGCUACCCACGCUCCAUGCGCUGCGUCGAGGAUUUCAUGUUCACCGAACGGCGAGCCUGCUGGUCCUCUUGGCCGUCUGCAUGGCCCUGUCGGGGGUCCCUGUUCCCGCUGCGGACGGAACGGUAGCCGCGGCUGAGUGGCUGGACUUCGCCUUCCGCUCCAUGGCGAUCGACAGACUCAUGCACCACUUCGAGGGGAUGGGGACCGGCUUUGCCGCUAUGGGAGUGGUCGCGUCGAUAUCCAUCCUCGUGUACCCGCUACACUCUCUCCUUUCACCGCGGACGACCCCGGCAACCACCGACAACAUUGCAACAACAGCGCCUUCGGGCGGCUGGGGCGGGCGCCCCGUCGGCACGUACGUCGCAGCGGUGGGCCUGCCCUCGGCCGCGGUCUGGGCGUUCGCCGUGUGGGCUCAACGGCGGGCCGCGUGGGGGCUCGUGCCGGGGCUGUGGCUGGCCCUGUUCUGCGCUUGCGCGACCCUCAAGAUCACGUCCUUCGUGGUGGCGGCGGCGGCGGUCACGCCCCCGCAAACGCCUCCUUCUCCGACGGGGUCGUCUUCGGAUGCUAGUUCCGCGGCAGCGGCGGCGGCGGCCACCGGCCCGCGGUCCUUGACGUUCGGCGAGUACCUCUUCUUCCUGUUCCUGUCUCCGUCACUUGUGUGCGAGGUGCGCCUCAUGAAGGUCUCCGCUCGCCGCCCUAGCCGGCCCCUCCGCGCGGCCUCCGAGUUCUUACACGCCGUCCUCACCUUCCUCUGCGCGCAUUGCGUCGUGGGCUCCAUCCUCGCGCCGUCCCUGCGGCUCUUCUUCUUCGCCGUCCGCCCCGGUUGGGUGGAGGGCGCGGCGGCCGACUGGGCCGAGCUCGAGGCCGCCGGGGGGGCGGGGUGGCCGUCCUGGACGGCCGGGAGCGCCUUCCUAGCGGGCGGCGACAAGGAAGACUCGGGUUUGGGGAAGCUGGUAGCGCUGGGUUGUUUCUUGUGGAUGCUGGUCGUCGUAUCCUCAGCUGUCCACUUCAUGGUGUUCUACGCCUUUUGGCACUGCAUUUGUCUCGGGAUGGCGGAGCUGUGGGGGUUCCCCGAUCGCAACCUGUACGGGUGCUGGUGGCUGCUCUUCGACGAGCCUCGGGACUUUCUCCGGAUGUGGUCCACCCCCGUGCACCGCUGGCUGUCCACGUGCAUCCACUGGCCCAUGCUAGAGCUGUGCCGCCCCAGCGACGACGGCGUCGAUGGCACCGAUCGCCCUCCUUCUGCUGAGUUGUCGACAGCAACAGCAGGGGUAGCGGGGGAACCGUCGAAGUGGACUUGGGUGCCGGCCGUGCUCGCGACCUUCGUUGUUUCCAUCGUGUUCCACGAGACGGUGGUUUACAUCGCCAUGCGAGGCACCUGCUGGCCGUUCAACACGUUUCUGCUCUGUGUCGGGGGCGUGCUCGUCAUAUUCUGGGACAUCGUGUUCCCGCUCCCUGACCUGAAGCCGUCUUCAGAGUCAGAGGGUGGCAGUCCUCCACAAACGGCAACAUUGAACGCUAAAAAUGAAAGGGGUGCUGGGAAGAAGGUGGUAAGGGCCUACGGUCACCGGGGUAGGAUGUCCGUGGCCUCGUUUUGCGUGUCCAUUCAGCUCUCGGCGUUCAUCGCUGAUUGCGCCGCCUGGCUGUGGUGGAGGCACAUCCACAUGAUUUGACUUCUUCCACAUCAAGACUUCUUCAAUAGGCUAGAGGUGAAGUGAAUUUGCCCUACCAUUCUCGCAUCGAAGCGUUGUUGCCUAGGAGCCGGCCAAGCCGGGGUAUCGAAUCGCACAUGGCCAUUGCUGUUAUAUGUAGUGAAACCACUGCCCCCGAUGAUUUGCUACCCAACACGUGUUUGUGUGCGUCUUAAUCUUGCGUUCGAAACAGUUGUGGGUUCCUGACGCGGUAUGGGUUUGGUGGCGACACGUCCAGUCGCGGUAAGACUUGAUUUCCACCCACGCCAGUGUGCUGUGUUUCUCGUUCUGAAAAUAUUGGUCGUCGCUACAUUACCAUCGAAAGGUUUAAUGCGUGGUGAAGACAUAGAAGGUUGUCGGUGAAAAAGGAGCUGGAGAGCUGUGUAUGCAUAUGACCAAUGAAGGAAUGAAUGUAAUCAUUGGCGUGCUUUAUGGGUCAUGUGCUUGCUCGAGGUGGACAGGCUACACCUUUCGCCGGGGCUUGUGCCCAGGGUUGAUGUGCGAAGAGCCCGGCGACCUAUAGCGUGUGUGGGGGCAUUGUGUGUGUGCUGUAUGUGUGUCAGGCAAAGACUAUCUAUGUUGUGGUUGUUGUUAUACCUCGUACGUGGAUCCUAGUCGAUCAUGAUGAAAUCUGAAAAAGGAGCAACGCCGGAUUCUGUUGAGUGAACCCGGCUUUUUUGCCCGCAACAAAACGAAACGUGUAGUCCGAGGCGUUCAGAAUAGACGGGUGGCAGAUUGAUGUCCUCGGGGUAUCUGACGUCUAUAGCGUCGACCGUGACUCUCUGUUGGUGAAUAAAUCCUGCCCCAUGUGUGCGGUAGGAAAUGCCUCCUCCACGCCCACCUCCUACGACACAAGGCUCACGCUGGUACCUUCCAAACCACCAGCACGUACAUCUAAUCGCGAAGAAGGAGUGAAAUCAUUCCUUCAGCACGGCUUUUCGAAGACCCAUACCCCUGCCGUGAAGUCCUGUCGCUCAUCCCCACUCAUACGGUACAAGUCGAGACGCCUCCCCCUGUUGCUUGUCUCCCUCUCGUCUCUCUCUUCUCUUCGCUCUCUUCUUCGCAUUUGCUCUUCUUCGCAGAUGCGGCGCAUAUACAGUUUUGACGGUUGGCGUGUGUCAGACUUGGAUUUGGAGAUUGCAAUGCUCACGCCCCGAAGCCCCCAACGCUACCAAUGCAUACAGACGGACGCAGACACAUCGCAGGCCUUGAGAGAUGUAUCAGUAUGCAGUGCGCUUCAGAGACGAGACAGAGUUUAUUAAUCUAUGUGCGUAAACAUGUUGCGAGAAGAGAGGGAUGCGGGGCGGCUACCGCUGUGGUACACUGCACGCAUGUAAGCAUGUGGUACGGUAAGACCGGUGGGUCAAGCGGCGCAUUUUGUGCCGGUUCACCUGAUGGAGGGAUCGGUACAGUAGGUCUGGACACCUAGGCUCGGGAACGACAUUAUGUUUUUGUUGCCCGCCGUACACGCACAUUUAACAUAUCUGAAGUAUACAGCAGUUGUUCUUUUGGUAAGCAAAGAGCUCCGAGCCCUGACAGUCAGCUGUUUCUUCCCAGGCAGCCCGCAAAGAGUGAUGAGUGCCACAGGUUUCGGCAUCUGUGGGCAGAAAAAUUCGUACAGCUCAAAGACGAAAUGCGGAAACUGGGUUGAGGAUAGGAUCGGGAAGACCGUAGCUGAAAGGCUGGCGAAAGCUCCUCGGCCGGCCCUUGGCUCGACCGUGGAGCGCGAGGACUUCGUCCACCCAAGCACGAUGACGAAUAACACGGUGGUGUCGGGAGACGAGACGAAGAUGAUGUCUGCGUCGGAUAUCAAGGACAAGAACCGCGAGGGCGUU